AUGGCCACCCUCCCCGCCGGCUGGGAGUGGGACUACGACGGCAGCCGAUGGCUCUACCGCUACAAGCCGACCGGCCACGUCCAGUAUCACUUCCCCAAAGCGGGCGACGAGUUCCCCGACUACAUUGACGCCUCGUCGCCGGCGCCGGAUCUCGCGCCCGAGGAGCGCCUCGAGUCGCAGCAGCAGGUCAAGCGGCAUGCCAGCGUCGGCGGCGGGAUUACCGACGGCUGGAGGGCGCGCAUGUCGGCGACGGCGCGGCCCGUGAGCGCGGUCUGGGACGAUGAUUUCGGGAGGGACGAGGACGUCCGGGCGCAGGAGCCGGAGCCGGAGGAUGAGGAGGGCGUCUUUCAGCCGGAGAACUUUAUGUUUCUGGGGCCGGGGACGUAUACGGAUGUCAGCCCGCUGGUGGAAGAGGAGGAGGAGGCGGCAAGGAGGACGGUGGUGGGAGGCGAGGGUAGGACGGCAGACCGGCAGACAGACAACAGAGGUGUGAGUCCCCUGGUGAGCCAGAACACGACGCCGAUGGUCCAGACAAGCGAGGCGGUUGCUCGUGGUCCUACGACGGCCGUGGACGAACCAGCUGUUGAGCCGCCGCCGCCUACAAUACAGCACCAUGACCCGGCAGCGGUGGUGUUGCCGCAGGAAUCUAUCGUGGGAGAUGACAUUGUGGGAGAGGCGAGCGCGCCGAUUGAGGGAGGCUACAGCUACGACAUGUUCGAGCUGCCGGCUGAGACGGCCGUUCCCAUGCACCUGCAGUUUGAUCCCGUCGGGACGGUGCCCGAGAUGCCGACGGAACACACAGCAGCCGCUCGUGCGGAGAUACAUCCGGACCCUAUUGAGCUGGCGGGCACUUAUGUGAUGGCGCCGAUUGAAAUUGAGCCGCGACCUGGCUUUGUCGAGUUGCCAGCGGAGGAGACAUCGCCGGAGGAGGGUGAGAGAUUGACGGAGGAGCAGAAGCUGGAGCUGCGGAGACAAGAAGUCAGGCGGCAGCAGGAGGAGCGUCAGCGUGAGGUCAAGCAGAGGCAGGAGGAGCGCAAGAGGAGGGAAGAGGAGGAAUUGCAGAUGGAGCUGCGACGACGACAGCAACAACAGCAGAACGAGGCUUACAGCCCAACCCAGGAACAGAGCGGUGAUGCCCCGACGCCGUUCAAGAUUGCCAGGAAGCCGACUCUCCGAGAGUCCAGCGCGGGUCAUGAUGCCUCCUCAGCACUCUAUACAGCCGACAAACUCGUUUCCGGCACGGAUCGCGAGUCCCGCAUUGCAGCGAGAGACGUCGCUCAACAUGAGCAUGAGGCCGAGCACUGCUUCUACGCCACCGGUGGACCAAAGGAGAGUUCCGUCUGUGCUGAAGCCGGCCAGGAAUGGGUCGCCCCGAAAUUCUGGCAUACAGCAGCAACCACCGGCUAUGACGCCGACUGCCUCUACGGCUCCUCAGGGGCAGGAUGA